UCCGCGAGGCCGGCAUCGCCGAAAGUCCCCGCGGUUUGCAUUCGGCCAUUUGGACGUUUUUCGCGAAAAUUUUUAACCAUUCCGCGAGUUUCCGCGCUCUCUGUGCCUCGAAACGUGGCGGAUCCGCGAGAAGCAGCGCCGACUCGCGUCGAGUUCGCAUUCAAAAAUACGAACUCUUUCGCGCACGUGCUUCGUUGCCAGUGGACGAAUCUCGUCGUGACACCAGCAAGAUGUGACGUCCGUGCCCAGUGUACAAAAGUGCAGCUGGCACGUAUGAAUGUGCACGGGGGACGUGCUCGAGAAGAGGCGGAAGUUUCAUUCCCACCGGAAGUAGAAGAGGCCCGCCGGAAGAAAACAUGAAGCGCGCCAGGCAGCUUGACAAGGAGAACGACCAACCCGAUAAGAUCGGGAAUUUCAACAACGCCGGGGAGGAAAUUAACAUGUCAUUGGAGAACAAAACAGAAGGGGACAUUAUAAACGAGGCGUUGUUUGAAAAACUCGAAAUCUAUGCGCAGGCGCCGCAAGAAAACGUGGAUGCGAUUCGAUCGCAUUUGGUCAAAAUCCACGCACGGAUCACGUCAUCGGAACGACGGAUAAGGGAGUACGCCCAGCAAAUGCUAUGGCGCGAAAAUUCGGACGCUGUGAAGACGUUCCUCAAGAUUCUAGAGAAUUGCAAGGACAACGUUGCAAAUUGUAGCGCGGUCAGCAUUAUCCACGAGUGCAUCUCGCCUCGGACUUCCAAAGUAAAAUGCAAAGGAUUCAAGCACAAGAAUGCGACUAGAAACAAUUGUCGAGCGGCGAUCACCCAGCUGAUUAAUUUUGGAGGUACGCAAGUCAUGAUAAAACUUCUCAACAAUUUGCAACGCAGAGACAUAGGCGUGGUCGAAAUGCUUCUGCAAGAAGUUCUUUACAUUCUGGGGCAAGUAGCUCAGAGGGAUCACAAGUUUGCGACAAAGGUGAAGUCGCUCAACGCCACAAAGUCAUUCCACUCCUUGUUGAAGGAGCACUACAACGAUAGCAGGACUCUUCUCCCAUUGUUGCUGAUCGUCAAGGCCCUUGCCAGGAAUCCGUUUUCUCAGCAGGUAUUGAUCAAAGAUGGGAUUGCUGGUACUUUGGAAAAAACGCUGGUCAGCCUCGGAUAUACCCCGCACCUGAAGAUGAAGACCUUGCUCGAGAGCUUCAAGUAUUUCACGAUAAACAAGCUUUACUGUAUGAAAUUCGUGAAAGCCGGCAUCGUCCACUCGUUGAUGAGGAUUUUCGAAAGGUGGAAUAGAUUCGACGGGCCCAUGAGGCUGAAAAUUUGCAAUUACGCCCUGAACACGAUGCAGCACAUUUGCAUGAUGAAAUCGGGGAGGAAGGCGAUUAAGUCGAACAAUGGGCUGCAAGUGUUGUACAGAUUCUCCACCAGUUGUCCAGAAGACAAGGCUUACGACACUUUGUUGUCACGAGUGUACGCGAUAUUUAAUCAGUGCCUCGAGAAAAAGGAAUUGCCAGUGCCCGAAAUGUCGCCCGCAAGGUUUAUCCUGCCAGUAACAAGUACCAGGAUGAACAGUGCGGACAGUUGCAGUGACAUCGACAGUCAGGUGAACGGUGUCGCUGGGUUGGACAAAUACUACAGCGACGCAGACUCGGAUAUCGACGAGGACGAUGACGACUCGAAGAAUUCAAGAAAACCGCGAGAAACAGACCUCGUUGAUGAAAUCGACGAGAAUAAUUUUUUCUCGGGUGUCAUUACCUCUUUACGAUCGGAAGAAGACCUGAUGGGGUACCACGUCUUCUAUCGAGAAUUAGGUGACAGACAAGCCCAGCUGUCUCUUGGGAGGUCCUUCCUAGAAAGACUUUUCCAGCUACCCGGCACCAUGGAGGACAAUAAACGGUCCUAUCACCAAGCCUUAAACAAAUUAAUAAUGAUCGGAAACAAGUCCUCCAGCAAUGGAGCGAGCGAGAAAAUUUCAGCGACCGACAAUUCCCAGAGAAUUCAUAUUUCGGGAACGCCGAAGGUCUUUGAUAACCUGACCAAGCAAAUGUCCGACAAGCACGUGUACUGUCUUGUUGCCAGUGCUGUCAAGAGUGUCAUCGGUUUUGUCAAGGUGGCUUAUCCAGACCUCGUGGGUGGUCGAGGUUCCGGAAAAUUGGAGCCCUUGAACAGGAAGGACCGAAAAGUCUGUCGCUCCAAAUUGUUGGUCUGCCUUGAUCGAAACCUCCACCCUGACAACUUCACCCAUGUGACCGUCUACGAUUUGGACGAGUUGUCAUCCAGUCCAGGAAAUAAUACAACCCCCAAGCUGCUCUGCAACUGGGACGAGGAAAGGGUUGGUAUGCAAGGGAACGACUCGAAGCAGCUGCAGUUUGAGUCCAGGUUCGAGAGCGGGAAUCUCAGGAAAGCCAUCCAGAUAGGUCUCAGGGAGUACGAGCUGAUCUUAUCGCCGGAUGUGAACAGUGGAUCGCGACAUCAGUGGUUCUACUUCGAGGUCUCCAACAUGGAUGCCAACGUGCCGUACACAUUCGACAUCGUCAACUGUGAGAAAGCGAACUCUCAGUUCAACUUCGGCAUGAAGCCGAUCUUGUUCAGCGUGAAGGAGUCCCAGCUGGGGAGACCAGGAUGGAUCAGGACCGGGGUGGACAUUUGUUACUACAGGAACUGCUAUCAACGUCCAGCAAGAGGGAAGAACUAUCUAACGACUUCGUUCACGAUAAACUUCCCUCACAGCUACGACGUCUGUUACGUUGCCUAUCAUUUCCCCUACACGUAUAGUCAGCUGAUGACUAGCAUUUGGAAGUGGUCCAAAGAGUUAGACUCCAGCAGCAUCCUCUUCAGGGCGGAGCCUUUCUGCACGAGUCUGAACACCAACGAGAGUCCAUUGUUGACCAUCACGGCUCCUGAUUCUAAAAGCAACUCAAUGCACAACCGAAAGAUGAUCUUCCUAACCUCCAGAGUGCACCCUGGAGAGAGCAACUCGUCGUGGAUCAUGCAUGGCACCUUGGAAGCUCUUCUAAGUCCUUCCGAUUAUGCCAGCAGCCUUCGAGAUGACUACAUCUUCAAGGUUGUUCCUAUGCUGAACAUCGAAGGUGUGGUCAACGGCUGCAACCGAUACGGUCUUACCAAUGAGGACCUCAACAGGCGCUGGAGUAAUCCCGACCAAGUGCUUCAUCCUGUAAUAUACCACACCAAAGGGCUGAUGGAGUACUCGACAAAGGUCUUGCAGAGGCCUCUUCACGUGUUCGUGGACUAUCAUGGACAUUCUCGAAGGAAAAAUGUAUUUUUGUUCGGCUGCUCGAAGUCGGGCUCCUGGAGCGCGGCGGACAGGUCCAAGCCGGACCAGCCGAUGCAGUAUUUGAUGCUGCCGCACUUGAUGCAGAAAAUCUCGCCGGCGUUCGCAAUGUCGCUCUGCUCGUUCAAAGUGGAGAGGAAGAAGGAAUCCACGGCCAGAGUCGCGAUUUGGCGCCAGUUGGGAGUCUCGAGCAGAAGUUACACGAUGGAGAGCAGUUUCUGCGGCUGCGACCAGGGUCCUUUGGCAGGAUUCCACCUGGACACGAAACACCUGAAGGAUAUAGGCAUCGAUUUUUGUCAAGCCUUGUCGAUGAUGAAGGACGGGGGUGAAGAGUGGAACGUUGAUAUGUCCGGAGAGGAGUCCUGUUGCCCUCUGAAAUGCAUUUUAGGGAAGUCUAAGAAACCGCCGAAGUGCAUUCAGGACAAAGACGCGAAGUACCAUUUUACGGAAACCUCGUUGUUCCGAAAAGACAUGUAGUUGAAGGCCAAGAACCACCACCAGGGAAGAAUUUUCAGUUGGAGUGGGUGGUGCGAAUGAUGAAGGGUCAUCAAGCGGUUCUGACGAUUCAGUUUCUGAUGAUUAAACUUAAUUAAAACGAAGGCUUUAAUCGUUAUAUCCUACGGAGCUUAUUUCGUGCGGCUCAUUCGUUGACUCGAGUACUGUUCUAGAUUAUUUUCAUAAAACGAUCCCCCAGUUUUUGUCUCCUCGAAUUAAUCACCUGCACCUCGGCGUAAAUUGGGCCGUACUUGGAGUGAUAAAAAUGUACGUAGAGGUCACUUUCGAGUAUGAAAUUAUAUUCGGAAUAAAUGUUACUAUAUUCGCUAGACUGCUCCGUUAUUUCUACAAGUAAGCUCGUUUCGUUUUCAGCUGCACAACUAAUUAAUGUGAGAGCCUGAUUAGAAAUCCUGGGCAGGGCAAAAGGUACAGAAAUACCCUGAUGCAUAUUAAACAAUUAAAAAAAAAAGCAUAGAUGUAAAGUGACUCAGGUAAGAAGAAUUAAUGUACCGGUACAAACUUCAGAAAAUAUAUCUUUGUGGAUAAACUUGAA